GUAGCUCAAGUUCGAGGCCUGAGUCUGGACGGCCUCGGACGGAUUUCCCGGCAGGCCCCGCCUCCCCCGGCCCCCAGCCUUAAGUAAGCCCGGGAGCUGUCGGGCGGAGACGGCGCUGGGCACCCGGCCGGCAUGACUGCGGAGCAGCGGCGAAACCUGCGGGCCUUCCACGACUACGUCCGGAAGACUCUGGACCCCACCUACAUCCUGGCCUACAUGGCCCCCUGGCUGGGGGAGGAUCAGAUGCAGUAUAUUCAGGCUCAGAAAGACAGUAAAGGCCCGAUGGAGGCUGCCUCACUUUUUCUCGAGUUCCUGUUGAACCUCAAGGAAGAAGGCUGGUUUCGUGGAUUUUUGGAUGCUCUAUUCCAAGCAGGUUAUUCUGGACUUUAUGAAGCCAUUGAAACUUGGGAUUUCCAAAAAAUUGAAAAGUUAGAGGAGCAUAGAUCUCUUUUAAGACGUUUACAACCCGAAUUUAAGGACAGAAUUAUUCCAACAGAUAUCCUCUCUGAUAUGUCAGAAUGUUUAAUUAGUCAGGAAUGUGAAGAAAUUAAACAGAUAUGCUCCAAUAAAGGAAUGAUGGCAGGUGCAGAGAAAAUGGUUGAAUGCCUUAUCAGAUCAGAUAAAGAAAACUGGCCCAAGAUUUUGAAACUUGCUUUGGAGAAAGAAGAGAACACAUUUAGUCAACUGUGGUGUGUUGGGGAAGGUCAGAAAGAUGUUGAAGAUGACAGAAUAGAAGCUUCCAGCAUACAGAUUUUCUUCCGGGAGGAUCCAGACUGCCUGAAUCUUAGUCAGAAUUCCUGCCCACCUUCAGAUAUGACUCAUACCAACUUGAACAGCCCAUUAAAAACACGAAAUUACCAACUAGAGCUUGCUUUGCCUGCUAAGAAAGGAAAAAAUACAAUAAUAUGUGCUCCUACUGGUUGUGGAAAAACUUUCGUUUCACUUCUUAUUUGUGAACAUCAUCUCAAACAAUUUCCAGAAGGACAAAAAGGGAAAGUUGCCUUUUUUGCUAAUCAGGUUCCUGUGUACUUACAGCAGAAGUCUGUGUUCUCAAUGUAUUUUGAAAGACUUGGGUACAAAGUUGCAGGCAUUUCUGGAGCAACAGCUGAGAGCGUCCCUGUGCAGCAGACAAUUGAGAACAAUGACAUCAUCAUUUUAACCCCACAGAUCCUUGUGAAUAGUCUUAAGCAAGGAAGUAUUCUGUCAGUGUCUGUUUUCACUUUGAUGAUAUUUGACGAAUGCCACAAUACCAGUAAACACCACCCAUACAACAUGAUCAUGUUCAGCUACCUAGAUCAGAAACUUGGAGGAGGACCUUCAAAUCCACUGCCCCAGGUUGUGGGGCUGACGGCGUCAGUGGGUGUCGGGGAUGCCACCACUGUGGAGGAAGCCAUGUUGUACAUCUGCAGACUGUGUGCCGCUCUGGAUGCCUCUGUCAUUGCCACCGUCAGAGAGAACGUGGAAGAACUGGAGGAAGUUGUGUACAAACCUCAGAAAUUUUUCAGGAAAGUAGAAUCACGGACUACUGACAAAUUUAAAUUCAUUAUAUCUCAGCUGAUAAAGGAGACAGAGUGUCUGGCAAAGAAUGUCUCUGAACAACUUGGACACUUAUUUGAGAUCCAAAAUAGGGAAAUUGGAACACAGAAAUACGAACAGUGGAUUGUUGGGGUUCAUAAAGAGUGCAUGGUAUUCCAGAUGGCAGACAAAGAGGAAGAGAGCAGGAUUUGCAAAGCACUCUUCCUGUAUACUUCACAUCUGCGGAGAUAUAAUGAUGCUCUCAUUAUCAGUGAGCAUGCACAAAUGAAAGAUGCUUUGAAUUAUCUGAAAGACUUCUUCAACAAUGUCCGGUCAGCAGGAUUUGAUGAGAUUGAGCAAGAUCUUACUCGAAGGUUUGAAGAAAAGGUGCCAGAACUAGAAUGUAUUUCUUUGGAUCCUAGCAAUGAGAACCCUAAACUCAAAGACCUCUACUUGAUCCUACAAGAAGAAUACCACGUAAAUCCAGAGACAAAAACCAUUCUCUUUGUGAAAACAAGAGCCCUUGUGGAUGCUUUAAAGAACUGGAUUGAAGAAAAUUCUGCUCUGAACUUUCUAAAACCUGGCAUAUUGACAGGACGUGGUAGAACUGGCGAAGUAACAGGAAUGACCCUCCCUGCACAGAAGUGUGUAUUGGAUGCAUUCAGAACCAACAGCAAUAACAAUAUUCUGAUUGUGACCUCGGUUGCUGAUGAAGGCAUUGACAUCGCCCAGUGCAAUCUGAUCAUCUUGUAUGAGUAUGUGGGCAACGUCAUCAAAAUGAUCCAAACCAGAGGCAGAGGAAGAGCAAGAGGUAGCAAGUGCUUCCUUUUGACAAGCAAUGCUGAUGUAAUUGAAAAAGAACAGAUGAACAUGUAUAAGGAAAAAAUGAUGAAUGAAUCCAUUUCUAGACUUCAGGCAUGGGAUGUAGCACAGUUUGAGAAAACGGUUCACCGGAUACAGAUUGAUGAAAAAUUCAGCAGAGACAGUCAACAAAAACCCAAACCUGCUCCUGUUAAGGAGAAUAAGAAACUGCUGUGUGGCAAGUGCAAGGGCUUGGCGUGCUACACGGCUGAGGUCCGAGUGAUCGAGGAUUGCCAUUACACCGUAGUUGGAAAUGCCUUCAAAGAGCGCUUUGUGAUUAAACCACACCCCAAGCCCAAGACCUAUGGGAGUUUUGUGAAGAAAGCAAAGAUAUUCUGUGCCAGACCAGACUGCAGCCAUGACUGGGGAAUACACGUGAAGUAUAAUGCAUUUGAGAUUCCGGUCAUCAAAAUCCAGAGUUUUGUUGUAGAGGAUGUUGCAACCAGAGCUCAGACAUGGUUCUCAAGGUGGAAGGACUUUAACUAUGAGUGGACACAAUUUGCUCCUGCAGAAAUGUCCAUAUGACUUAGGACCUCAGUCUUCUGGUCUAGGCAGUGGUGAGUGAGUGAAAUUAAUCCAGUGAGUACAACCAUGAAUUGCUGUUCCUCUAUGAUGAUAUUCGACAGUUCAUUCUGUAUUAAAUAUUUAUCACCUUCUGUUUUCA